CCGGGCCUCCCCUCGCCGCGGCCGGCCGCCGCGCUCCCGCCCGGGCGUCCAGCUAUGUACUCCCCGUACUGCCUCACCCAGGAUGAGUUCCACCCGUUCAUCGAGGCGCUGCUGCCUCACGUCCGCGCCUUCUCCUACACCUGGUUCAACCUGCAGGCGCGGAAGCGCAAGUACUUCAAGAAGCACGAGAAGCGGAUGUCGAAGGACGAGGAGCGGGCGGUGAAGGACGAGCUGCUGGGCGAGAAGCCCGAGAUCAAGCAGAAGUGGGCAUCCCGGCUGCUGGCCAAGCUGCGCAAAGACAUCCGGCCCGAGUUCCGGGAGGACUUUGUGCUGACCAUCACCGGCAAGAAGCCCCCCUGCUGUGUGCUCUCCAACCCCGACCAGAAGGGCAAGAUCCGGCGGAUUGACUGCCUUCGCCAGGCCGACAAGGUGUGGAGGCUGGACCUGGUCAUGGUGAUUUUGUUUAAGGGGAUCCCCCUGGAAAGUACUGACGGGGAGCGGCUCUACAAGUCGCCGCAGUGCUCGAACCCCGGCCUGUGCGUGCAGCCGCAUCACAUUGGAGUCACAAUCAAAGAACUGGAUCUUUAUCUGGCUUACUUUGUCCACACUCCGGAAUCCGGACAAUCAGAUAGUUCAAACCAGCAAGGAGAUGCGGACAUCAAACCACUGCCCAACGGGCACUUAAGUUUCCAGGACUGUUUUGUGACUUCCGGGGUCUGGAAUGUGACGGAGCUGGUGAGAGUAUCACAGACUCCUGUUGCAACAGCAUCAGGGCCCAACUUCUCGCUGGCAGACCUGGAGAGUCCCAGCUACUACAAUAUCAACCAGGUGACCCUGGGGCGGCGGUCCAUCACCUCCCCUCCCUCCACCAGCACCACCAAGCGCCCCAAGUCCAUCGAUGACAGUGAGAUGGAGAGCCCUGUCGAUGACGUCUUCUAUCCUGGCACAGGCCGCUCCCCGGCAGCUGGCAGCAGCCAGUCCAGCGGUUGGCCCAACGAUGUGGAUGCAGGCCCGGCUUCCCUAAAGAAGUCAGGAAAGCUGGACUUCUGCAGUGCCCUCUCCUCUCAGGGCAGCUCCCCGCGCAUGGCUUUCACUCACCACCCGCUGCCUGUGCUUGCUGGAGUCAGACCAGGGAGCCCCCGGGCCACGGCGUCAGCGCUGCACUUCCCCUCCACAUCCAUCAUCCAGCAGUCGAGCCCGUACUUCACGCACCCGACCAUCCGCUACCACCACCACCACGGGCAGGACUCGCUGAAGGAGUUUGUGCAGUUUGUGUGCUCGGACGGCUCGGGCCAGGCCACCGGACAGCCCAACGGUAGCGGCCAGGGCAAAGUCCCGGGGUCAUUUUUGCUACCACCGCCGCCUCCAGUGGCCAGACCUGUGCCCCUUCCUAUGCCUGAUUCCAAAUCCACCAGCACUGCCCCAGAUGGCGCCGCCUUGACUCCUCCGUCACCUUCAUUCGCAACGACAGGCGCCUCCUCUGCCAACCGGUUUGUCAGCAUCGGACCCCGGGACGGCAACUUUCUGAACAUCCCACAGCAGUCUCAGUCCUGGUUCCUCUGAUAAGAUCGACAAAAGAAAUGACAAAAUGAAAAGAAGAGGUUCCUCAAACGGGGGGAGAAGAAAUUUUGAGACGUGGAAAAAAAAAAUCCCCCAGCCCAGCCCAGCCCCACCGAAAAGCAAAAAU